ACAAUUCUCAUAACUUCCAUUCAGUUAAUAGUGAAGCAAGAACAGUUGGGUGCGUUUCUUUCCUCCGGAUGUGAAGGGGUGAAUGGAUAUUCCCAUAUCUCUGCUCAGUGUUGUAUGCGCACGAACAAACUUAUGAAAUAUUUACCUAAACAUUCAACGUUCAUUAACCACAUAGUUUCAUUCUUACUUAAGUGUUGCAGAGUACAACGAGGAAACAGCUUCGAAAAUCUAAGCUUGCCAUGAAAAAUAAUCGAACCGAUCUACAUAUCGCAUUGACAGUACUGUCCUUGAUAUUAAUUUUUGACCACGUAAGUGCUGCAUUAUCACAGUACAAUCUUCUUUAUGAGAGCCCAAGGGAACAACCUAUGCAUCCACGGACGUUCUUUCUAACUGCUUCUCAGGAGCGAAAGGUGGUUAACGAAGUUUUAUGUGAAGGUAAGGAUUGUCCCGAAUUUCGUGUGGUGAAUGACUUCAGUAACUUCAUUCAAGAAAGGCUGUACAGUGAUGCAAAUUUUUUGUCAACACCUUCUCAGAAUUCAUGUGACGUUAUUGGAACUUUGAAUGCAGCAAAUGAAUCACUUGAGAAAUAUCGAAAAGGAGAAAAUGAAAGAGGAAGAAAAUUCUAUCCCGUUGCACCGCUUCUGGCACAAAUUUAUCAUGUUUCUUCGAUUAAAACACGUUAUCCCUGGUGCAAGAUGUCGAUAAUGGUGAAUAUGUACAUACCGCCCUAUCUAGGAAUUCCUCCGGCACCAACUAACAAUUCGCUGUCUUUUAAAAGAUUACCAAAGGCUUUCCACGUGUAUGUCUAUACUUUUACUGGGGGUAUUGAAUAUAGAAUGUUGAUGGAACUGGAAAGUUUCCGUUCAACUUUGGAUGCCCUGAUGCUUUGCUACAACCAAGAGCGGUUUUAUUUAGCAACGUAUAAAGGCAUCAAUGAAGUGGAAGACAGACACGAAAUAUGGCUGGAGCAUUGUUGACCGUGUAGAAAACAGACACGAGAUAUGUCUGGAUGAAGCAUUGCUGACUUGAUAGAAGAUAACUACUAAAUGUCGUCUGAAUAUUGUUAAUUCAAUGGAAUGUAGUUUAAAACGUAAUCUGGAUUAUUAAUUACUUUAAGACAAAUAUUGAAAAAUAAAGAAAUUAUUAUCUUGAA